GAAGGACAUGCAGGAAAUUGCCCAGGUUGGAUUCAAACCCAGACUUGUGAGACCACAGAGGUUAUGCCAACAACUGAUCCGUCAAGCAACACAACUGAUGAAGACAGUGAAGGCGAACAGGUGCAGAAGAGAGGGGCGAUACAAAGAGUGCAAUACGAGGAGAAUACAAUGUAAAGAAGCUAUUCACCUGCUGUGUGGCCAUAGAAGAAAAAGAACCUGUGCGUACUGUCAACUCAUACCGAUACUAACAAUCCUAUGUGCUACGGAACACUUGGUAUUAAAAAGAAUAUCUAUUUUUCAGAUUUUUUAAAUUAUUUAUAUCUAUAAACCACCAUCAAGGGUUACGUUUUCCUUUCUCUAACGCAGACCAAUUAGGCACAAUGUAACUGGGCUUGUUGUGUUAUUCACCGGUAGAUGGCUCCACAAUUACAACUCAUCACCCAUGUUAAAAAAGCCGCCUCAUUCAGUAGAACAGUGAGAUGAAAGCUGCAAUAAAGUUAAGCUGAGCUUCUCACGUCUCUGAGUAGUUCUUAUACACGUCACGUUUUUAAAAGUUCCGGUGAGGAAACAUAGCGGUUGAGUUAGAGUUGCCAACACAACAGGUUGGAGUUUGGAUGUAUCUGUAUGUUAAAAGUAGAAUAUUUACAGUAGACCAACAGACUUGUCCUGGUGGCAUUUUGAUAGGACUAUACGCACCCAAAGUGCGCUUAACGCAGUGUCCUGCAACAUGAGAGAGUCUAUCGUGUUCGCUUGGGUAUGUAUCCUGCUUCUAAAGUCACGUCUCUCCGCUGCUGUCGAGCCUCAUGAAGAAACUCCUAGUAUAGUUAAUCCCUGUUGCUACUACCCCUGUGAGAACAUGGGUGUGUGUGUGAGGUUCAGCACACACCAGUAUCAAUGUGACUGUACCUACACAGGUUUCUAUGGAGAGAACUGCACUGUCCCCGAGUUGUGGACGAGGGUUCGUCUGCUGCUGAAACCCAGUCCUGACACGGUGCACUACCUCCUCACCCACUUCCACUGGCUGUGGAGCUUCAUUAACAACUCCUUCCUCAGAGACCGACUCAUGAGGGUCGUCCUCACAGUCAGGUCCAACCUAGUUCCCAGUCCUCCAACCUUCAACUCAAAGUAUGGCUACCUCAGCUGGGAGUCCUACUCCAAUGUCUCCUACUACACUCGGCUCUUACCCCCCGUGCCCAAGGACUGCCCCACACCCAUGGGCACUAAAGGAAAGCUUGAUCUCCCGGACCCUAAAUUGAUAGUGGAGAAGUUUCUUCUGAGGAGGAAGUUCAGGCCAGACCCUCAGGGCACCAACCUGAUGUUUGCCUUCUUCGCCCAGCACUUCACCCACCAGUUCUUCAAGACCCACAACCGAAUGGGACUAGGCUUCACCAAGGCUCUGGGACACGGGGUGGACGCAGGACAUGUGUAUGGAGACUCCCUGACUCGUCAACUGAAACUGAGGCUUCAUAAGGAUGGCAAGCUGAAAUACCAGGUGAUUAACGGGGAGGUCUACCCGCCUACGGUGGACCAGGCUCCGGUGAACAUGAGCUACCCUCCGACCGUGCCCAGGGCGGAGUGCAUGGCCAUCGGGCAGGAGGUGUUUGGCCUGCUGCCCGGCCUCACCAUGUACGCCACCCUGUGGCUGAGGGAGCACAACCGCGUGUGCGACGUCCUGAAGGAGGAGCACCCCACCUGGGACGACGAGCAGCUCUUCCAGACCGCCAGGCUCGUCAUCAUCGGUGAGACUAUCCGGAUCGUGAUCGAGGAGUACGUCCAGCACCUGAGUGGCUACCUCCUGCAGCUGAAGUUCGACCCCACGCUUCUCUUCGGCUCCCAGUUCCAGUACAGGAACCGCAUCGCUGUGGAGUUCAACCAGCUGUACCACUGGCACCCGCUGAUGCCCGACAGCUUCCGCAUCAGCGGCGAUGACGUGCCCUACUCCCGGUUCAUCUUCAACACGUCCGUCCUCACUCACUACGGCGUGGAGAAGCUUGUGGAUGCCUUCUCCCGCCAGCCAGCUGGUCAGGUAGGGGGUGGUAAGAACAUCCAUCGGGUGGUGACCAAGGUGGCGGAAGGGGUCAUUGAGGAGUCCAGGGUGCUGCGUUUGCAACCCUUCAACCAGUACAGGAAACGCUUCAACCUGAAGCCCUACACCUCCUUCUCAGAGUUCACUGGAGAGGAAGAGAUCGCCAGGGAGCUGGAGGAACUCUACGGCGACAUCGACGCCCUGGAGUUCUAUCCCGCCCUCAUGCUGGAGAAGACCCGACCCCGCGCCAUCUUUGGCGAGAGCAUGGUGGAGAUGGGAGCUCCCUUCUCACUGAAAGGCCUGCUGGGAAAUCCCAUCUGCUCGCCAGAGUACUGGAAGCCCAGCACCUUCGGAGGGCAGACGGGCUUCGAUAUUGUCAACUCCGCCACGCUGGAGAGGUUGGUGUGUCUGAACAGCAAGGUGUGUCCGUAUGUGGCCUUUCAUGUUCCUCUGAAGGAGGAGGAGCAGAAGGAGGAGCAGAAGGUGGCUCCAGAGAGGCUGUCUUCUGAGCUCUAGACCCGAUGACCAAGCUCAGCUCUCAGGGGGGUUUAGUCAUCGCCAGCUACUCCCUCGACUCUAAUACCUGGAUGUUUACAAAAUGCUUUGACUGCAGUUGGAUACACUUUGGGUCUGACGGUUCAUAUAAAUACGUUUUUUGUGUUUGUUUUUUUAAAUCAGAUAAUCUUCAUGUUUAGCAAAUGGAAAGGGAUUUUAGAUGUUUCUUCUGAACAGACAAAAACGACACAAAACGUAAUAUAGUGAAAUAUUGAUUUAUUUUGGUUUACCAGAUGUGGUGUGGCCAUUU